GAAUUUCAGACUCAGAAAAAGUUCCUGACUUCUCCACUUCACGUCAACCAGCUCUUUUGCGGUAUUUCAAUAUCGUUGGUUGAUUGUAUAUAUUUCAUUUCUACGCAGAGAGAGAUUGUAUUUAUUCUCUUUCCAUCAUGGCAACAAGCCCCGUUUCCGUUGUCUGCGUUGGCAUGGCAGGCUCGGGAAAGACCACAUUUAUGCAGAGAAUCAACUCGUAUCUCCAUUCUCAGAAAAAUGUGCCCUAUGUGCUGAACCUGGACCCCGCCGUGCAUUCGGUUCCCUUCGAAAGCAACAUCGACAUCCGCGAUUCGAUUAACUACAAGGAGGUCAUGAAGCAAUACAACCUAGGACCUAAUGGUGGUAUCCUAACCUCGUUGAAUCUUUUCGCGACAAAGGUCGACCAGAUUAUUUCACUGCUGGAGAAACGCACCGCCCCGAACCCCGAGAAACCGUCCGCUAAGCCCAUCGAGCACAUCCUAGUGGACACACCGGGUCAGAUCGAGGUGUUCGUUUGGAGUGCUUCUGGUAGUAUUCUGCUCGAAACCCUGGCCUCGUCGUUCCCGACCGUCAUUGCCUAUGUGAUCGAUACCCCGCGCACCACCUCCACGAGCACCUUCAUGAGCAACAUGCUCUACGCCUGCAGUAUUCUGUACAAGACCAAGCUACCUAUGAUUCUUGUUUUCAACAAGACCGAUGUUCAGGAUGCAGAGUUUGCCAAGGAGUGGAUGACCGACUUUGACGCAUUCCAGCAGGCCCUACGGGAAGAAGAGGAGACAGGUGCUUUCGGAACGGAAGGUGGCGCCGGAGGUUUUGGUGCAGGCAGUGGAUAUAUGGGCUCUCUGCUGAACAGUAUGAGUUUGAUGCUGGAAGAGUUCUACCGGCAUCUAAAUGUUGUGGGUGUGAGUUCCAUGACAGGAGACGGUAUCGACGAGUUCUUCAAGGCUGUGGAAGAGAAGCGCCAAGAAUUUGAGCGUGAUUAUAAACCCGAGCUGGAGCGUAAGAAGAAGGAACGAGAGGAGUCCAAGGAAGCCCAGCGAGAGUUGGAGCUGGGCAAGCUGAUGAAGGACAUGAAUGUUUCUGGUACAAGCCGCUCGAAACCCACCGAGGCGGCAGAGCCUGAAACUGUCAGUGAAGCCGAGGAGGAGGAGGAAGCGAAAGAGGGAGACGAUUACGACAGCGACGAUGAUGGUUAUAACGCCCCUGGUACUGGAGACGACGACCAGCUCUCCCAACGUUACCAGCAGGCACUUGCGGAUUCCCAGAAAGCUCCAUCUGAUCAGGACCAUAGCUUUACGAGAUACUUGCGUGCCAGCAAUAUCAAUCGUUGAUGGUAUGGCUUUCGACAAAAGGAACUGCAUUCAAUUCAUCUUCUGCUAAUGAAUUUUUGGUGUUUUAAUCAUCAUACGGCGCUACGUGGUCAUCUCUACAUUUGUCAUUUUCUUUAAAAAUAAACACUUUAGCAUCAGAUAUCCAAUGAAUGACUUUAUCAUAAUCGAUCGAAG